GAUUUCGAACAGUGAUGGUGAUGUUUUUAAUCGUGCCCCAAUGAAGAUCUCGGUCGAAAAAAAUGAAAGCAGCACAAUGUCAUUGGUGCGUAUGCACAAAAAAGCAUUUCUUCUUGGCACAGUUCUAUUUACCACAACCAUACUGAUUAUCCUGCAAAAUGACAACCAAGAGUACCGCAAAACGGAACCUGUCGGGUACCGAUGGAAGGCCGAAGGGUAUCCAGAGGACAAAAUACAAGAAUGGAUGGACUUACGGAUGAAAAUGAAAUCUAAUAUGUCCGAGUUGGGGAAAAUUUUAUUCCUAAAUAAAUCAACUCGAAAUAUAGUUAAUAGGGAUAAACGUUAUAAAAUUCUUGUUUGGAAAUAUGCUUCAACUAUUGAACAAAGACAUAUGACAAGAAAUGGACAAAGAAUUAACCCACUUGAUGGAUGUUCAGUAUCAAACUGUGAUAUUACAAAUAAAGAUGAAGAUUUGAAGAAGGCAGAUAUAGUAAUAUACCACUUACACCGAAUGAAGGGACUUAAGGAUUUACCACAAUCGCCAAGAAAUCCAAACCAAAUUUGGGCUUUUUUAACAGAUGAAAGCCCUUACCACACUUUUUUAGACAAAGUAAAACUUAAAGAGUUUAAUGGAGUGUUUAACUGGUCAAUGACAUACAGAAUGGACUCUGAAAUACCUGUACCUUAUGGAAGGACCAUUUUAACUUCAAAUCCAGAUAAUCUGGAAUUUAAAUUAGAUAAACGAAGAGAUGUUUUGGUAGCUAUUUUGGGAUCCAAUUGUGGAGGUAAAAAUCAUAGAUGGGAAUACGUAAGAGAGCUUCAAAAACAUAUUAAAGUGGAUGUAUAUGGAAAAUGCGGAACAUUUAAAACGUGUCCUGGCCACUUUAGAUCAAACUGCAAGGAUAUAGACAGAUACAUGUUCUACUUAGCCUUUGAAAAUUCAAAUUGUGAUGAAUAUUUGACUGAAAAAGUUUGGUGGAAUGCCUUUGAAAAGAACUCUAUCCCUGUUGUGAUGGGUGCCAAUAUUUACAAUUACAAAAAACUACUACCACUAGGUUCCUACUUAAAUAUAGACCAAUUUGCAAGUCCUAGGGACUUGGCUGAAUAUAUAAAAGUAUUAAAUAAGACCGAAGGGUAUCUUGAUAUGUAUAAUUGGAAGAAAAAUUUUAAAGUACUUAACGAACAUGGUUACUUUAACAGUAAAUCAUAUCAUUACUGUAGAAUAUGUGAGGCUUUAAAUUACAAUGGUAGAGAGAAAAAAGUUUAUAAUAAUUUGGACAACUUUUGGAGUGUGAAAAAAAAUUGCCAUGCAUCAUGGGAUGCAAUUUAAAAUAAGUAUUUAUUGUGAUAUUUAUUUAAAAACCAAAGAUUUAUUAGGUUAGGAGAAUUUAUUUAAAUAAAAACUUAC